UAACCCCUUAUUCCCGAGCCACAAAUGGAGGUGCCGAAGUCUGUCUGAAUGAUUUUCUAUGUAUCCACCUGAUUGGAGUAGGAAUAAGGUAGCUGAGUGGAACCUGUAGGAAUAUCUAUCUCAUAUUUCUGUCAGAUCUUUCGUCCCAUUGGAAAUCGAGGUUUGAGGAACUUGGCUUCUCUAAUCAGCUUUAGCUAGCGUCUUCAUCUCUACCUUCACACCUACCCCGGCCAAACCCUGACCCGGGCGACGCCCUAUGGAACUCUCAAUCACGGCCGGUUGUGAUACAGCCUGGAAUCGAAACGGGAUGGCGAAAAGCCCCGUCCGAGCCGCUGGCGUCCCCCACCCCUAUUGGCCGCGGGACCUGUCCAUCCCAGGCUACGUGGCGAACGAUAGGUCAAUGCAUGAGAUCCUGUCCUUCCUCUUCUCUGUGUCGGGUCUCUUCAUGCUGUCCACCUGGGUCCUGACGGGCCGGAAGUGGGCCAGGGAUGGCCGUGGUCAGGAGUUCGGGGUGGCCAGGCGGCUGGCUAUCUGCUGGUUUGCUGUCUGUGGGUUCAUCCACGGGGUCGUUGAGGGAUGGUUCUCUCUGUACUAUGACGUCAUCCCCUCAGACCAGAGCUUCCUGUCUCAGCUGUGGAAGGAGUACUCCAGAGGAGACAGCCGAUAUGUCAUAGCUGAUAACUUCACGGUGUGUAUGGAGACAGUAACAGCCUGGUUCUGGGGUCCAUUGAGUUUGUGGACAGUGUUUGCCUUCCUGGCCAACAAACCAUGCCGCUUUGUCCUGCAACUCAUGGUCUCUCUUGGUCAGCUGUAUGGGGCGGUGCUGUAUUUCUACACUGAGCACCGUGAUGGGUACAGCCACAGUCAGAUGGGUCAUCCUCUGUACUUUUGGUUCUAUUUUGUCUUCAUGAACGUCCUGUGGAUCAUCAUUCCUCUGGUCCUCAUACUGGAUGCAUGGAGACACCUGCAGCAGGCCCAGACACACACUGACCUGGCCCAGAAGGAGAAGACCAACUGAUGAGCAGGGGUGGGUGGGAGAGCAGCAGAGGGGUGGGGGGCUAUUAAAAAAAAAUCAAAGUAGCUAGACGGAGGAAGGUAGAUACUUUUAACUCUGAUUAAUAAUAGUAGUGUUUGUGAACUGACCAAACAAAAUAAUGUUGAUAGACACGCUGUAUCAUGUAUGUGUGGUUUGUAUUGAAUAUUUUUCAUAAUUUGGUGGCAUUAUGCAAUGUGAAUUUUCCCUUUUUCUAAACUGAUUAAACACAUGACCGCA